UUGAUAGAGGAUUGCCUCUCACCACUGCCAAAUUCUCCUUCUAAGAAAGGCUGUACUGCUAAACGGAAGCAAUACUAUAUAAAUCGUGCCAUCCGCAACUCUGAACUGACUCCAAAGGCCAAAGGGAGGAAGAGUCUACGCCGCCUAGAAAACAAUCGCUAUUUGAUGACUUUGCUGGAGAAGGAUGAAUGUGUGAUGGAAGAAGGUGAACCCUGCCCUUGUUCUCCCCCUAGCAUAUUUACCGAGGCCUGUAAUAAUGAGACAUACAUUGAGAUAUGGAAUGAGUUUAUGAACCGCUCUGGGGAAGAGCAAGAGAAGGUUCUUCUGUACUUGGAGCAGAAAGUGAGGAGACCUAGGGAAAGAAUUAAUAAAGGAAAGGAUAAGAGGACAGAGCAUCCUGCUUACACGCCUGAGGAAUGUUACCAGAGGAUUAACCGUAGUCUGCGUUGUACCCUUAAAAGACGUCAAAUUCCAAUGGUUAAGUACUGUUUAUUUACAUACUAA